UUAAAUUUGUAUCUAUCAAUAAAAAUCAAACAGUGUAUAAUUAACACAUGAAAAAUUAAUUCACAAAAAUUUAAAAUUAACUCACUAAAAUAACAAAAAAACUAAAUUUUUAACACUAUAUAAACCCCCUAAUAGUCGGCACUGCAUUUUUUUCUUCAAAAGUCAUCUUUGGCGACGACUCGUGAUAACUGAUGAUACUGAUAAUACGCUAGAGGUAAUAAAAAAUGCGUUAUAACUAUACAGCGUAUCCCAAGUUUUAGGGCCGGCUCAAAAACAAAUAUUUCUAAUUGAUUAAAAAAAAAAAUUUUUGCUAGAGCAAACGAUAGAGGAUUAUACAGACUUCAAUUGAGUGCUUUGAUAUUAUUCAAAAUUUUUAGCAUAUGACAGUGAGAUCAUAAAAACCAAAUUUGAAAAAAAAAUACUUAAUUGGAAUAAUUUCUACAUAAAAAUUCCUUGAUUUUUUUCUAGUAAUAAUUGUGAAAAUAAAAUAAUGCAAAAGUUGAUAGGUUUUGAGUAAUUAACAUUUUAAUAUUGAAAAUCUGAAAGUUAAUAAUUUAUGGUUGGGUUUGUGGUAAUUGGUGAUCAGGCCAGAAUUUCUUAACAAAAGAACGUAAUAUUAAACUUACCUUUUGUAGAACCAGAAAAUGUUGAUAAAACGUAUAUAGUCUUUAAACAUCCACUUCUUAAAAAUUUAUACUAAAUACUUAAAAAAAAUACGUCUUUACCUCUUACAGUCUACAAGAGAUACUGUAAAAAUAAAUUUACAAAUUUCGAACAGCUAAAUAUGAGUGGUCAACAUUACCAAGAAAUAUUAUUUUAAAGUACUCCUAUGAAAUCCUGAUUUUGGGAUUUUUAGUUUUUUAGUAAACAGAGUCAUGCUGUUCUCUCUUAUUUGUAGAAGUACUAUAAGAGUAAAUUCUCAUGAAAGUAGUGCAAUACUGCGAAUUCCGUAUAGGAUUAUGCUACGGUUUUUUUAAUGGUAAUUACUCGUAAAGACGAACUGUGCAAAAUCGUGCAAAAUUUAAUGAUUUUAUUGGUAUAAAAAUUAUGCGUUUACGCUAAAUUGGGGGUGCUGAAAUUAGUAAUUGUGCAAAAUUUAAUAAAAAGUGUGCAAAACAUAAAAAAUUAUGGUAUUAUUUAUAUUUAAGAAUCCUUAAGUGGGGGUGCUAACUUCACUGACCCGCAAUAAAUGAUAGAAAAUAUUAAGGUUAAGGCUUGAAGUAACUCAGAUCAAAUGAAUUCUAAUGUGAUAAUUGUUGUUAGUGUGAUAAAAUUGCAAUUUCUCAAAAAUGAGUAUUAUAUGCUGUUGUUUCAGAUUUGUUAUUAUAUUUUUUUAAUGUAAAGUCUUUUGUAACCAAUAAAGUUUGAAAAACCUCAAUUAAUGUGGGGUAAGGUCAAGUUUAGUGUCCUUACUGUCCUGGUACGGGAUCGCGUGCGCCCUUGCCACAAGAUAAAAUAUUUGCGGAUGUUUUAUAUCGACUAAUAUAACAAAAUUCUCCAAGUCGAAUUCCACCCCUAGUGGCUUUGUUUCACUGAAUUUUCUUGUGUUUGAGAUAACGAAGUGAUUAAUUGAAAUAGGUGCACACGCAAAGUUUUGAUUAAAACCCGCAAUUCGAUUGAUUCAAGUGUUGCAUUCACCCUUUCGUGCGCCAGGUAAUUACAUCGCACAUACAUUAUGUGUUGCGUUGCUGGUUAAACCACCGCAAAAUCGCUUGGAGUUUUUUGAAAUUGUCAAAAAUGUCGUUUCGAACUGAGGAAUACUACAAGAGAUUUAUCGAGUUGCAAGAAAAACUCCGCAAAAGCGAGGAGGAACGCCUCAAACUUGAAAUGAAAUUUAACGAAAUGGUUCAAGUUACACGAGAGGAGGAGCAAAUGCAUUAUCGGAAAUUGAGGGCUAAAUACACGCGGUUUUUGGAGGAAGACAGGCGGAGACAGGAACGAAAUGAGCGCAUUUUACGGAGUUUGGAAAGGAUCGAAAGUCGGGUUGCGAUGCUAGUGGCAAAAACUGAACGAUUUAAGUUGUUGAGACAGCAGUACCAACAUUUCUUGGACCGUAUUUAUCGCACAAAACAGGAGAAAUUUGAAAUUGAGAAGCCGAAAACUGAUGAUAUUGUGCAAAGUUAUAUUCAGAAUUUGUCGUCGAAUAAAUUGAGGGAAAUGUUGAGGAAAGAGGAGAGGUUGGAUUCGGAAUUUUACCCUUUUGAGGGAGACUCUAGACCGAAUUAUGCAAAUUCUAUUGCUGAUGAUAUCAUGAGCUCGAUUUAUAGUAAACCUAGUAAAGGGGACGAUUCGAAACGGCUCUCCAGGGAGUUUAAUAAUAAUAUUUGGAGUUUGUAUGGUGUGAAAGAACCCGAAUUUGCAAAUAAUGCUAAGAGUAGUACUGAUGAUGGAUCUGAUAUUGAUGAAAUUCCAUACAAGAGUGGUGUUAGUGACGCAGUGAAAAAUUUUGUUAGAAUGGGAAAAAGAGACAGUUUGGUUGAACAACAAACGAAAAUUGGUGAUUCGGUGCCGCGAGAAGAAACUGAACAAAAAAUAUCACUUGAAGAAAUUGAAGAAAACAUUAAGAAAGCGAAUAUGAUUGAUCAUUUUGAAAGUCCAAGAGAAAAAGAAGAUGUUUCAAAGUCCACAAGUAAAUCAAGUAGUCAUCUUCAACCCGAACAACAACAAGAAGAAAUUGACAAAGUUGAUCAAAUUGAUCAAGUUCGACCUGAACAACAAAACUAUGAACAAAGAGAGGAAAUUGUUGAAGAGAAAGAACCAGUACAAGUCGUUGAAAAUGAACCAAAACAGUCUGUUGUUGAUGAAAGUAAACAACAAUACGAUAAUGAACAACCUAUUCAAGCAAUUCUUGAACAACACUAUACUGAUCAAGGUCAGUUUGAUCAGCAACAAGAACAACAGUAUGUCGAUAAAGAACUUGAACUUGAAAAACAGCAGGACGAAAAUAGUUCUUAUCCAGUAGCUGAACAACAAUAUGAUGAAAGUGGGCAACCAAUCCCAACACAACAGUAUGACGAUCAAGACCCUUUUGUACAACAAUACGAAAAUGGUCAAGAUAUUCAAGAACAACAGUAUAAUGAAGGUGGACAACAAUAUGGUGACCAAGGACAAUUUAUGCAACAAUAUGACGAGAAUGGACAACCUGUAGAACAGUACUAUGAAAGUGGACAACCCAUUCAACAAUAUGAUACAAAUGGACAACUUAUACAACAAAACAAUGAACAAGGUCAGUUUGUGCAACAGUAUGGUGACAGUGGACAACCUGUACAACAGUACGAUGAAAAUGGACAACUUAUACAACAAUAUGAURMAAAUGGACAACUUAUACAACAAAACAAUGAWCAAGGUCAGUUUGUGCAACAGUACGGUGACAGUGGACAACCUGUACAACAGUACGAUGAAAAUGGACAACUUAUACAACAAUAUGAUGAAAAUGGACAACUUAUACAACAAAACAAUGAUCAAGGUCAGUUUGUGCAACAGUAUGGUGACAGUGGACAACCUAUUCAACAAUAUGAUGAAAAUGGACAACUUAUACAAGAAAGCAAUGAACAAGGUCAGUCUGUGCAACAAUACGAUGAGAGUGGACAACCUGUACAACAGUACGAUGAACAUGGACAACUUAUACAACACAACAAUGACCAAGGUCAGUUUAUACAACAAUACGAUGAGAGUGGACAACAGUAUGAUGAAUCCGGCCAGCCUUUGGAACAACCUAUUCAACAGUACGAUGAACAAUAUGGACAACAGUACGAUCAACACGGUCAAUAUCUCCAGCAAUAUGACGAAAGUGGACAACCUAUUCAACAGUACGAUGAAAAUGGACAACCUGUUCAACAAUACGACGAAACUGGACAAUAUAUGCAACAGUAUGAUGAAAACGGACAACCGAUACAACAGUAUGAUGAAAAUGCACAAUACUAUGCCGACCAAAGUAAUGUACAAUAUGGCGAAAACGUUGAACAACAGCAGCCUAUAGAAGAAGCAAAAGGAAACAAUCAGGAUAUUCCAUCAGAAGCGAAAAAAAGUAACAUUUUGGAAUUGUUAGAUACUGACACUGAGAGUGUGAAACAGGAGUCGAAAGUUUCACACGAUAGUGAUUUUGAUUUUAGUAAUGAAUAAAUUUUAGUAGUUUAGUUGUAGAAAUGUAAUGACACUUGAUUUAGGCCUGUGAUUCAUUUCUUUUUUUAAUACAACAC